AUGAAUUACGACAUCAAACAAAUAAAUGACCCAAUUCAUGGAUAUAUGGAAUUUGAUGAUUGGGCUAUAGAAGUCAUCGACACACCAGAAUUUCAAAGACUAAGAAACCUUAAACAAUUAGGGACUACAUAUUUUGUUUAUCCUGGAGCAAGUCAUAAUAGAUUUGAACAUUGUCUAGGAGUUGGUCAUUUAUCAAAUAAACUGUUGAAGCAACUUUAUAAAAAUCAACCUGAACUUAAAUCUGAGUCAUUUGAGUCUGAUCUAAAAUGUGUGACAUUGGCAGGUUUAUGCCAUGAUUUAGGUCAUGGACCUUUUAGUCAUGUUUUUGAUAAUCGUGUUAUUCCUAAACUUGGUCAUGAAGAGGGGUCAGUAAAGAUGUUUGAUCAUUUAAUCGACGAGAAUCAUAUUGAUUUGAAUCCAGAAGAGGUAAAACUUAUUAAAUCUUUAAUAACUGGUAAAGAUCCUUCCAGAAAUAAAUCAGAAAAUAGUGGGCGUGAAUUUUUAUUUGAUAUUGUGGCAAACAAACGUAAUUCAAUUGAUGUGGAUAAAUUUGAUUAUUUGGAGCGAGAUUGUUAUAAUAUAGGAAUAAAAUCAUCAUAUGACAGCUCGCGACUAAUGAAGUUUAGUCGUGUCAUCGAUGAUCAAAUCUGUUAUAGUCAUAAGGAAUCUCAUAACAUCUAUGAGUUAUUUCAUACAAGAUAUUCCUUGCACAAAAAAGUUUAUCAACAUCCCAUGCUUAUAAAUUUAGCUACAGCAAUUGAUCAUAUGUUGGCAGACGCUUUAGUUAUGGCAAAUGAUGUUUUCAAAUUUUCAGAAUCGAUUUUUGAUCCUGGAGAGUAUUUAAAAUUGGAUGACAGCAUUCUUAAUCAAAUUGAAUUUUCAAAAGAUGAGAGAUUAAAAGAUUCUCAAGAAAUUUUGAAAAGAAUUAGAAAGAGGCAAUUAUACAAAUUAGUUGAUGAAUUAUUAAUACCUUCUAGUAUGGAAGAUAAGAUUACAAAAAAACAUAUUGAAGAUUUAAUGGCUUCAAAUCGAUCAGAUUUCCAUGAAGAAGAUAUAAUUGUCCAUAAACACAAAAUCAAUUAUUCUAAAAAAAGUGACAAUCCUGUGGAUUCUGUAAAAUUUUAUAAAAAACAUUGUGAUAAAGAUAGAAAUGAAACAAGUUAUUUAGCACCCGAACAAUUCGAAGAAGUAGUAAUACGUAUAUAUACUAAGAAAUCCGAUCAAUUGGGAAGAAUUCAAAAUGCAUUUCGUGAUUUGAUAAAGAAACAUUAUUCUAUCACCACUGCAUCUACUGAUUAUAGUAGCGGUUAUGGUAGCGUUGAAUAG